GAUGAUGGGAGAGUAAAGAGCUGAGAGCCGCGAUCGCGGAGCAGUUGCGAGUCUGUCGUCGAGCCGUUCGCUUCGGCUCUUCUUUGCGUUUGAAGUUUAGCAUACCUUUGUUAAAAAAAAAAUCGGCAGAAAGAAAACAAAAAUGAGCGAGGACAGUGGCGAGGAGUGCGCGCAGUUGAACAACGGGCCGAUAAUCUCGAUCGGUCGCGAGGAGGUGGUGCUGGACAACGAGAAUUCGAGAUCGGCGAGCAAGGGCAAGAAAUCGCAUGGGUUUCACCUUGUCAGAUCCAAAUGGGAUCCGUAUCCUUGGAUCGGUUCCGUCGAGAACGCCAGUAGCGCCGACAUUUCGGGACUCAGAUCAGGCGAUUGUCUACUGGAGAUCGACGGCAGGGACGUCCUGGGCUUGGAGAUGAAGGACAUCGCUUAUUUGAUCGGCAAGAACGACCGCGUGAAUUUGAGUAUUUGGCGUCGACCGCCAAAGUCACAAUCUCAGACUACGAACAACGUCGAUUUCGCCUAUCUCGGGGAAAAAGAUAGCAGAGAGCCAAGCGAUUCGCGGAACGAUCAUACGGGAACGCUUUUGGAGGGACCACUGCCGGAAGUAGCCCAGAAGCUGGUGCGCGCGGUAUCGGGUGUGGUGAAAGCUCUGGAGUGUCCGGUGUGCUUGGAAAGCGCGGCACCGCCGGUAUCCCAGUGCGUCCACGGUCAUCUGCUCUGCUUCGGCUGUCGGCUCAAGACUGCAAGAUGCCCCGUUUGCAGAGUUAGACUGGGACAGGGCCGUUGUCUACUGGCGGAUAAGUCGCACCGGGUACUUACCGAAGCCCUUGUUGAUCCCGAUGUUGUUCUACCCGGAAAUGACGAUGGGCGAAGUUGCGGAUCGAAUGGCCGCUCCCUCCACGACAGCAUCUUCGGGCCGUCGAGCCAUCCGAAAAAAGCUCAUCACCAGCGCAAUAAAAGCCCAGUCUCAUCGCUUCGCGCCAAGCACCUCCUCUCCAAGAUCUUGUCGCCAAACAGCCGCGUCGACCGGCUCCGGGACGAUCGAAACGUCUCCACCGAGAGCCUUCCUACAUCGAUGCCUACGUCCAGCAGUUCUUCCUCUUCGGCCGCCAGUUGCACUAUGGACGGCAAUUUGCUCUACGGCCGAAGGUGGUUGCUCAGACUCUACGACAGGCGCAAAUCCGCCAGCACCGGGGAACUCAACAAGAACCCCGUAGGCGACUCCGUCAACGGCUCGUUCACGGAGCUCAGGGACGAACAGGAGACCAACAACUCGGGAUCGUACUUGAGUGUGCCGCAGACACCAGUCUGGGGCGGAUCGACAGAGUCGAUGACCAGCGGCCGAUUGUGCUGUCCAUUGCGCGAGCGUACGGGCUGUCGUGAAACAAUCAACUCCGGUAAUUUAUUGGAGCACUUGAGCGCUCAACAUUCCGGGCCAUUGAUACACUUUUACAAGAAAAAGGUCGUUCUGCCCAUUCCCUUGCCCUUUCAGGAAGACGCAGUUUACAUAAUUCAUUGGAAGGACGAGCUUUUCGUGCUGCAGAGCGAAAACGACAAAGUAUGGGUUUCCAAUUCAGAGUCGAAUUGCGGCAUGAGCUGGGAGUGGAUCCUUCACGGAGUGUCCACCGACGGAGCGGAGCUACACGUGAGAAAAGAAGUUGCCAGUCUGCGAGAACCUUUCGAGCUUCAGCCGCAUCACGUCGCGACAUUACCGGAAAACUUUUCCGCGCCUUCCAUCGCUAUCACUCUCAUCGAACUCGACACUGACGAGGGCUGCAUCAAGGUUUAAACAAAUGAAUUGUAAACGUUUGAGUUACUUCGAAAAGUCAAUAAUAAAAUUAUUUAUUGUAAGUAA